AUUCUAUUUCCAGCAGGACAACUAUAGGGUGCCUUUAAAAAAAACUUUGUACGCAAGUGUCAACUCUUUCAAGCCUGCAAAUAUGAGAAUUGCCGGUAGUAUCAUUGCUCUUUUGAUGGCUGGGGUGCUGGUUGUGCCUUCUGAUUGUUCUGAACCAUCCUGGUUUGAUCGCUACGUCAGUAGCCCCAUUCGGACAGCAGGCGACUUCGUCAGUGGAGCCUACCAUGGAGCGGGCGACAUGUGGCGAAGCUACAGUGACUUGCGUGAGGCCAACUUUAAGACCCCUGGUACCGAUAAGUACUUCCACGCUCGGGGCAACUUCGACGCUGCUCAGCGAGGAUCAGGAGGUAGAUGGGCUGCCAGAGUUAUCAGCGAUGCCCGCGAAGGAUAUCAGGGAACACUGAGCGGCCAUGGUCCUGAAGAUACUCAAGCAGACCAGGAAGCCAACAGAUGGGGGCGCAAUGGCGGUGACCCCAACCGUUACAGACCCGCUGGCCUCCCAGAUAGAUAUUAAACAAUCUUUCUCACAACCAAAAUAUGGAGACAGUUUCCCAGCCGUAAAGUUUAAUGUUAACUGAAACAUGGAUUCCCCCACUGGAAAGCUUUCGUCGGUUAUCGGCCUGUUCAAGCUGACUUAAUUUUGAUCUUUUAUUCUUGUAUAGUAAGUUGGAAGCUUGGCGAAUAAAAAUCAAACCAUCAAUCAAGCUCGCUGUGUCAAUUGAUUAACCACUAUGAUAGACUAACUAAAUAAAUGCACUGUUUACUUCUCAGUUAUUCUUAAGCUACAACAAUUUAAACAUAGUCAUGGCCCUCUCCCGUUUGACACAAAUAGCUGUUUGGUUACGGCAAGCUGGAGGCAGUGAACAUCAUAUUUCUUCCUUUAUACAACUUAGUCUUAUGUAUUAUUCUUUUUUUGUUUGUAUAAACGCAUCCUAAAAUGAGUACAGAAUGUAACAUGCUAAAUGUAAUGAUGUAUUAUACAACAUGUGAAAUAUGAAAAUAAACUGAAACUGAACUGAACUGAACUUUUAUAAAGCACUAACAAGAUUUUAAGAUGAAUUACUGAGACAUAUUACUGUGACAAUCACAAUUUGCUUACCAAAUCAAAUUGACACGAAUCAGCCAUUGUUGGUCAAGUAUCGAUAAAGACCUUUCUAUUUCAACGUAACAGCCCGCAUAGUUGCCAACCGAUGUUGGAAAACUAUGGAAAGCCAUAAAUGCAAAUCAAAAACAGAUAGCCAUAGUUUGUAGCAAUGUUACACAAAU